AGAAAGAAUGGUGAGCAGGUAUCCAAAGUCACUUAAGGAUGUCAUUGAUGGUGACGUUAUUGGACUUGGUUAUCAUUCCCUGGUAAAACAACUCCAGGCAAGAAUUGAAAAUGUCAAACGACAAGACACACCAAAGAUAACUAAACGCAAGGCGGAAUCAGAUAAUGACACUGAUGAGAUACCUGCUGAGCAGAAAGCCAGUGUUCAAGACACGUAUGGCUGUGUCAACUGGGCGCCAAAGUUUUUGCCCCUUUCUGAGACAGUAGAGAGUCAGCUUAAGAAAAAAGAAGACAUGAAAAAGAUGUUCAAAGACAAAAAAUAUGCUGCAGAAGAUGUGAAAGAACUUAUCAAGUCCACCUAUUACACGCAACGAAAGGACAUCAAUAAAGGUACAAGCAUCCUGACGCUAUGCCAAGAAAGGCCUUUUUUGUUCCAUGAAACUGGCAUGGAAGAACACUUCCAGCAACUUACUGGCAUCAGUCUGACGGAAGCCUUCUUCACCAAUCUGGACAAAAAGGCGGAGCGCAUCCUCAACUUCCUGAAAACUGUUUUUGCUCAGAAAGAAAAACAAGUUCUGGAGUCUCUCUUCAAGUUAGCAAGUGAAAAAGGUCAGUCCAGUGGUUGUACAGAGAUGAUUCUUCUUCUACUUGCUUUUUUUGGUGAGAAGGAAGAGCAAAUGUUCCACUAUGUUGAGAAGACCAGCCUUGCUGAAGAGGUUGAGAUGGAGGAUGUGCCAGCAACACCCUGCCUUAUUGUGUGUGGGUCCUCUUGCUUCACUGCGGACUGCUUCAUGUUGAGUAUUGAUCAGAAGAUUAUCAAUGACCACAUCACUGCCUUCUCCUGUGCCAUCUGCCUGAUGUUUGGCAGUUACUACUGUUUUAAUAUACACUACCCAGUGGGACUGCGAUCAACACUGGAGUUCCUCCAGAGGUGUUUCUUUUCAAUUGAUCCGGAGAGAGGAACAAAAGUUGAGCAUAGCAAGAGGAGGAAGAUCUUUGCAGUCAACCCAAGAGUCCUCACACUCAUCGCUGACCUUGCAGACCAUGAGUGGACUUAG